UGGAACAGGGCACGGACAGCCUUGACAUAUGCCGGGUGGUGAACGGCAUGUGGCAGAGCAGCAGCGCGGCGUGGGGACAGGCGGCACCAGAUGCAGUUGUGACUGCCAUGCUGCAGCAUGCUGAUGCGGGUCUUACUACCUUCGAUAUGGCUGAUAUAUACGGCCCUGCAGAGAGCUAUUAUGGAGCGAUGAUUGACAGGCUUAGGAGGGAGCGAGGGGAGGAGGCUGCAUUUGGCGUGCAGGGUCUCACCAAGUUCGUCCCACGCCCUGACCGCAUGACCCGAGACGUGGUGGAGGUGGCAAUCAACCGCUCUCGCACUCGUAUGCAAGUGAAGACGAUUGACCUGCUGCAGUUCCACUGGUGGGAUUACAGCAACCCCGGGUACCUGGACGCCUUGAAGCACCUCACAGACCUCAAGGAGGAGGGGAAGAUCAAAGCCAUUGGGCUGACCAACUUUGACACCAAGCGGCUGCAAGUGAUCCUUGAGAAUGGAAUUCCCAUUGUCAGCAACCAGGUGAGAAAGAGCGGAGCAAGAUCAGUAGGUGCAGCACAGCCCAGUGGACAUGCGUCCGCAGCAGCAGAUGGGUUGAGGCAAUUCCUCCUUUCCCCAGUCCACGCUGUUCUCUUGUCCCCCCCUUUAUCAUCCGAGCCGCAGGUGCAGCACAGCCCAGUGGACAUGCGUCCGCAGCAGCAGAUGGCCGCAGGUGCAGCACAGCCCAGUGGACAUGCAUCCGCAGCAGCAGAUGGGUUGAGCCGCCUCCUCCCAUCCCCCCGCCACCCACAUCGUCCCCUUAUACCCCCUCUAUCCUCCGAACCGCAGGUGCAGCACAGUCUAGUGGACAUGCGCCCGCAGCAGCAGAUGGCUCAGCUUUGUGCUCUUACAGGGAAGUAUCUGCACGCCAAGGAACCCAACAGCAUGUUUGGCCCGCGCCUUGCCACGCCCUCUCUCAACAAGUACAAGCAGAUGGUGGAUGCGUGGGGCGGCUGGGCGCUGUUCCAGGAGCUUCUGAGGGAGUCUGAGACAGUGGCAAAGAAGCACGGGGUUACAAUCGCUGCAGUAGCCGUGCGCUCUAUUCUCGACCAGCCAACGGUGGCAGCAUCGAUGGUGGGCGUGAGGCUGGGCCUGCAGCAGCACAUCGCAGACAACAAGGUGAUCUUUGGUUUGAAAUUGGACGAUGAGGAUCGCGCAAGGAUCACCAGUGUCACCAGCAGGGGCCGGGACCUUCUUGCUGUGAUUGGUGACUGCGGGGACGAGUACAGGUAG